CCCUCCACGUCUCUACGGUGGUUGUCUGGGUGGGGAGGAAGGAAGCUCCGAGGAAUUAGAAUCCUGUUCCAUCUUAGGCACGCAGAGACACAAUUGGAAUUGAAUCAAAAAACCUUCCUCGGACCUAAUUUGGUUUCCAUAUUCAAUUCCGUAGAAAAGAAAAUCUGCAAUCAUGCUAGUUUACCAGGAUCUUCUCUCAGGCGAUGAACUUCUCUCGGAUUCGUUCCCUUACAAGGAAAUUGAGAAUGGGAUGCUGUGGGAGGUGGAAGGAAAGUGGGUUGUUCAAGGAGCCGUCGAUGUAGACAUCGGGGCUAACCCUUCUGCAGAAGGUGGAGGUGAGGAUGAAGGAGUCGAUGACCAAGUUGUCAAGGUUGUUGACAUUGUUGAUACCUUUAGGCUUCAGGAGCAACCUUCCUAUGACAAGAAGCAGUUUGUCACAUACAUGAAGAGGUACAUCAAGAAUCUGACAGGCAAAUUGGAGCCUGAGCGGCAAGACUUGUUUAAGAAACACAUUGAGGCAGCGACUAAGUUCCUCCUUUCAAAGCUCAGUGACCUCCAGUUUUUUGUGGGGGAAAGCAUGCAUGAUGAUGGCAGUUUGGUUUUCGCAUACUACAAGGAAGGUGCCACUGAUCCGACCUUUAUCUACUUUGCUUAUGGAUUGAAGGAAGUCAAGUGUUAAACACUGCCUUACCAAAACAAGCUUUGGGAUGGUGAUGUUCUCUGUAGUUUUCGCUCUGAGUUAUUUAGUAUUUUCUUUCCCCUUUUCCUUUUGUUCCGGUAGAGUCUGAAGGUAUAAUGUGUUCUAAUAGUUUUGGUUUUCAAGUCUUGUUCUAUUAUUAUGUGCCCUUUUUUUUUUUUUUUUUUUCUGGCGACAUUGAAAGGAUUUAUAUACAUACCCCAUUUGGGGAAUAAUAUAUAAAAUGUGUGUUCUGCAAAUUGCUAAA